AUUUUUGUGAUAAAUAAAAGAUUCUUUAAAUUCAAAGAGAGAAUUCUGCAAGACCCUGUAAACUGAAGGCAUGGCAUCAAGAAUAUCAAGCGAAGCAUCUCUUCCCACUCAAAGAUUACUAGGGAAGGUGUCCGUAGUGACAGGUGGCGCGAGCGGCAUCGGAGAGAGCAUCGUGCGAUUAUUCCACCGCCACGGCGCAAAAGUCGUCAUAGCCGAUAUCCAAGACGACCUCGGCUCCCAACUCCACGAGCGCUUAGGUGGCGGCUCCGAAAUCUCCACCGUCCACUGCGACGUCACGAUGGAGGACCACGUCAGAAACGCCGUUGAUCUCGCCGUCGAAAAAUACGGGACCCUCGAUAUAAUGGUCAACAAUGCGGGCACAUCGGGCCCACCUUGCCCCGAUAUCCGCGAUUUUGAAAUCCCGAUUUUCGAAAAGAUCUUCGACAUAAACGUAAAGGGCGUUUUUAUAGGUAUGAAGCACGCGGCUCGGAUAAUGAUACCCGCGAAAAGGGGCUCGAUUGUAUCUAUUGCUAGCGUGGCGAGUGUUGUUGGUGGGGCGGGCCCACAUGCUUACGCGGGCUCGAAGCACGCGGUUUUGGGGUUGACUAGAAAUGUGGCGGCGGAGUUGGGGAAGCAUGGGAUUAGGGUUAACUGCGUCUCACCUUACGCGGUGGAGACGGGGUUGGCGGUGGCACACUUGCCGGAGGAGGAGAGGACCGAGGAUGCUUUGGCGGGGUUUCGGAACUUUGUGGGGGCACAAGCGAAUUUGAGUGGGGUGGAGUUGACGGUUGAUGACGUGGCGAAUGCGGUGGUUUUCUUGGCGAGUGACGAGGCGAGGUACGUGAGUGGGGCGAAUCUCGUGGUCGAUGGAGGGUUCACUACUUCGAACCACUCGCUUCGGGUGUUUAGGUGAAUGAUUUUUUUCUUUCUUUCUUUCUAGUUGUGAUAAACUAGAUUUUGAGGGACUAGAAAUGAAGUUUAGGAUGGGUUUUUUUCUUGCACGAGAGUGAAGAUUUACUAGUGUACCUAUAUGAUUGGCUGUUGGUUCCCAAAAAAUAAUUUGUGUAUUCUUCUAGGGUUAUAUUUCUUGGUGUGAU